AAUGCUGGAAACUGAAAUCUUCAUGACAUAAUGUUGAUGCUGGUGAAAGAGGAGCUUGAGAAGAUGACAGAUCCACAACCAUGUAGAAUAAAGGAUGAAGAUACUGAGGAACAAAUAGUAAAGGACACUGAAGCUGAUGAGAAACACCAGAAUGUAAAAAGAAACCAGAAAGGAACUCGGAGAACAGGGGACAUGAAGUAUGAAAAGAGUUUUAGGAAAGUUGGACACCCUGUGGGUCACAAGAAACCUCAACAUGGAGAGAAACAAUUCGCAUGUCAUCUCUGUGGGAAGAAUUUCAGAUGUGAACUAAACCAUAGAAUACACAUGACAAUUCACACCGGAGAGAAACCUUACGCCUGUAAUCAGUGUGAAAAGAGUUAUCGAACCAAAGCAGCGCUUGUACGGCACACAAGCCUUCACACCGGAGAGAAACCAUUCACGUGUCAUCUGUGUGGGAUAAGUUUUAGGGAUAAAUAUACCCUUAAGGCACACACAAGAAUUCACACUGGAGAGAAACCAUUCGCAUGUCAUCUGUGUGAAAAGAGUUACAGUCAUAACUAUCUCCUUAAGGCACACAUACGAACUCACACCGGAGAGAAACCAUUCACGUGUCAUCUGUGUGGGAUGAAUUUCAGUAGUAAACAAUGCCUUAGAAGACACAUGAUCAUUCACACCGGAGAGAAAAUGUACACGUGUCAUCUGUGUAGGAUGAGUUUCAGGGAUAAAUAUCUCCUUACGUCACACAUAAGAAUUCACACCGGAGAGAAACCAUUCACAUGUCAUCUGUGUGGGGAUGGUUUCAGGGAUACAUAUCUCCUUAAGUCACACAUGAUAACUCACACUGGAGAGAAACCAUUCGCAUGUCUUCAGUGUAACAAGAGAUUUCCAACUUCUUGUCAACUUAAGUCACACAUGAGAGUUCAUGCUGAAGAGAAACCAUUUGCAUGCCUUUACUGUGAAAAGACUUAUGUAACAAAAACACUGCUUGAACAGCACAUGAAAAGACAUACUGGAGAGAAAUCGUUCGCUUGUGAUCAGUGUGAAAAAAGUUUUUCAAAUUCAGCUACCCUUAAGAGGCAUUUGAGCACUCACACUGGAUAG